CUAUCGGUGAUCGGUGCCUUCCCCGAUUAUCAAUGAAUAGUGAUCUAAAUUGGCAGCUGCCCUGCGGCAAACAAGAAUAAAAUGUGACCCUAGUCACGUGAUUCUCGUUGGCCUAUCAGAACUCAAGGUCACUGGUAAGACUAACCCCCUAUGGCUGAAGCGGUGGUAUCGUCUGAAGCGAAGUGCUUUCCUCGCCAUUUCUAUCGCCAUCGCCAUGUCACAUGUCAUCGUCUGAUGCAUUGUUUGUCCGAGCUUUUUUAUCUUAAAUGUCAGGGUACAGUAAUGGCACGGUCCCCUUCGACUGUAUUGUCUGACCUACACCCCUUGUGUUCGAACAAGAAAUUACAUGGAGAGGAAGCUUUAGUUUUGUACUUGAUUUGUCACUUGUUGGGCAAGAUGGAAAAAGAUCAGGGUUUGAUGUUUUCCUUGUUGACAAGACGUCUUGAUGUCGGUAACACCUAAUUUAUCGAAUGUAUGAUUGCAAACGAUGAAUUUUCUCAAAUUCCAUUAGCUGAUAGUUUUCAUUGGUACGUUUAUUUGAUUUACUAUUGUUCUGAUUCGGGUCGUGAAUAGGUCAGAUAGAUGUAACAGCAAUUUUGUCUUCUUUCUAUAAACAUGGGAAGGAAGGAAAAAGUAAAUAAUUAUGAAGAAUGUCGUUGCCUCGUUAGCAGAGCGUCUGACACCACCUACCCAUCAUUGAAGAGAGAACACCUAAAUAUUUUAGUUACAAACUGUGACAGGAAAAACUGCGAAAAGUAGAACAUCUACUUCAGUAUUGUAGUUUAAAUGAGUGACACCGCACUUUCUUCUACCUAGCUCUUAACCUUAAUACAAUAUGAAACGUGUAAUUUCUGCUACAUCUUUUUUUUUAAAUUUAGAGUUAUAGGGUCUAGAGCAUGUCUGAUCAUCAGAGGCAUGUUGCAGUGUUGUUCCAGAAAGCCGGAUUCAAGA